AUGGCAUCGCACAGCAAUACGGAAAAGGAGGAGCCUACAACAGAGUUUCCGACGACGGACAGUGAAUCCGAUGUGGAUGAGGAGGAGGAGAUGAGGAAGUGGCUUUCAACCACGUACGAGCGCGGCUCGAAAAAGCCCAUGAAGGAACCCCUUACAGCACCUUGGGGUCUACCGAUCAGCGAUGCAGACGUGGAAAAGCUCAAAGUCGGGUUCAAAUCUCGAAGUAUGGACGACAAAUGGGACAUGUUGAUCGAGGAACCGGAUGAAAACGGCAACAUAUCUCUCCACAUCAUUCGAAGCUGGUUACAGGAGGAGUGCUACAUACUUCACAUUGUUCCAAAACUAAGCAACGAUGAUGGCGGGAGUGCAACGAUCCAAAGUAUUACCUGGGAAGGGAACAAGGCGGGUUUGCAAUGUGACGCAGAGCAGGCCAAGAAGGAAGCCGUGAUUCUGUCCAGAGGCCACCUCAAAUGCAAGUUUGAGACGCUUCCCCAGUACCCGUCCUCAACGUUUUGGGAUCCUAGUGCUUAUAAGAAGCUGGGUGAAAAAUAG